AUUGUCGAGUUAUCGGUUGUCGUUCAAAUCGAAUAGAUGUCGAACUAAAAGAAAAAGGGUUCCAUUCUUAAACCAUAUUCAAAACCUUGUGGUGUAGUUUUUUUUGUGAUUUUGAAUAAAAUUUUUUGAGAAACAAAUUUUGUAUUUUGGUGGCAACGAAAAUAAGUGUUUUAUCAAUGCAAAAGUGGAUAUUACUUAAAAAAAAACAAGCAUAAAUAAUAAGAAUUUGAAAAAAGGAUUUGUGAACCCAACGAAGAGGAUUUAAAUUUAAAAAAAAAAAAACAAAUUAAUAAAUAAAAUCGAAAAGGAUUAAAAACAAAAUUAAUAAAAGACGUUUGAAUUUUCCUUGCUGAGUAGAAAUUUAGCGAGGACUAUUUCUUUAAAAAAUAUUUUACAAAAACCCGGUUGUGUUAGUUUUGAAAUCUAAUUUUUUUUAAAUUCUAUUUUUUUAUUAUUAUUUUCAAAAAAAUAAUAACAUUACAAAAAUGAGUCCUGAAACCGAAACAAUUCUUGUACACCGUAAGCGAGAAAAUGAUAUAUUGGAAUCAAAAUGUCCAUCAACAACACAAUCGUCCUCCACAUCCUCAAUGUAUACCAAAGAAGAAAAUAAAACACAUUGUGAAAAUUUAGCAAAUGGAAAUGUUUUAGAUGAUAGUAAAAAUCGUAAUAAUCAAAAUUCAACAAUCAACAAUAAUGCUGGAUUUAUUGAUAAAAUAAAUUUCAAAGAAGAGGCUAUGCAUGACAAUGCUAAUCAGGAUAUUGGAACUGAUAUGAAUUUUAAGAGAGAAAUUGUUUGGUCAAAUGCUAUUGGAUUUUUGGUAUUACAUAUUUUGGGUGGUAUUGGACUUGUAAUGCUGGGAUUUGGUUAUGCUAAAUUCCAAACAGUGGCUUACUUUGUUGUAUUUAGUUUUCUAAGUGGAAUGGGUAUUACAAUGGGAGCCCAUAGGCUUUUCUCUCAUAAGGCGUAUAAGGCGAAAACUUGGCUAAGGGUAUUAUUGAUGCUUAUGCACACAAUGGCUGGUCAGAAUUGUCUUUAUGUAUGGGUGCGAGAUCAUAGACAACAUCACAAAUACUCCGACACCGAUGCUGAUCCUCAUAACGCCACAAGGGGUUUCUUUUUCUCUCACGUUGGUUGGCUUAUGUCCAAGAAACAUCCAAAGGUGAAAGAAUAUGGUCAAAAGAUUGAUAUGUCCGACAUGGAAGCCGAUCCAUGGAUCAUGUUCCAAAAGAGACACUACAAGAUCCUCUACACCAUCUUCACACUUGUCCUGCCAACUGCUAUUCCUUGUCUACUCUGGAAUGAAACAGUUUUGGUAUCACUCUUUACAACCUAUUUCGCACGUUAUGUUGUCCAGUUGAAUACAACAUGGUCAGUUAACAGUCUUGCUCACAUGUUCGGAAACAAGCCAUACGAUAAGAACAUCCUUUCGGUUGAAACCGUUUUUGUUUCGAUUAUUGCUGGUGGUGAAGGAUGGCACAACUAUCAUCACACCUUCCCAUGGGACUACCGUACCGCUGAAUUGGGCAUGCCCUUCAAUGUCACAACAAAAGUCAUUGAUUUCUUUGCCAAGAACGGUGCCGUAUAUGAUCGUAAGACCGUAAGUGAGAACAUUUUGCGUAGUCGUAUCCAACGUACAGGUGAUGGAAGCCACGAACACUUUGGCGAAGAAGCCAUGGCCAAAAAAGCCAAUGGUGACAUCGAUGAAGGUUCCAAAAUUGACAGCAACGGCCUGAGGAAGUAUAUUGUUGAGAAGAAUCGCAUCAACAAAAUGAUGAUCGACGAAUUGGGCAAACUCAAUCAGCAACAUGUUAGCGGCGAUGACUUGAAUAACAACAACAGCAGCUUCAACAAAAGCAAGCUUAAUAUCAACGAUUUGGCCAAGAGCACGAGUACGAGCAUAAACAAUAAUAAUAUAGAUAAGCAGGCCUUGAAUGUUUGAGCCAUCAAAAAGAAAGAGCAAAAGGGUGCCAAACGAGGAAUACAAAAUUACUUAAUUUAAUUUAACACUAUUGAUGGAUGUAAAUUAGUUGUGUUAAUUUCUUUUUACAUUUAUAUAAUUAAUAUGUGUGUGCAUAAGACUUAUUCCAAAAAGUUAAUGUUUAAGGUUUUACAUUGUAAGCGUGUGUAUUUUUAAGAAAUUGAAAUUUUUGAAGAAAAAAAAAGAAAAAGGAUGGUUUUGGAGGAGUUUUUUUUUCUGAUGUGGAUGGGGUGCUUUAGGCUUCCCAGCCCAUCAUUAAAAAAGCUCUUUCAUUAAAAGGACAUGUUUGGAGCCUAGAGUUCUAUUAAUACAUGCUCUGUAGAGUUUCUAAGGACCUUUUGUUAAAAAAAAUUAUAUAUAUUAUUAAAAAUUGUGUUUUAUAAUGUUAAAAAAAAACUUGUGUUGAGGAUUUAGCUUAAGAAAAUGAAUUAAAAAAAGAAAUGUUAAGUGGUAUGUAUAUAUUUUUAACCAAGGGAUACUCUAGUUUUUAUGUACCUACCAAAUAAAAAAACGCAAAAUAUAAAUAAAAAACAAAAACAUAAAAAAGUCAAAAA